AAGGCCUGCUGCUUGCCCUUUUCAUCGUGCUACUUCUUAACCCUCCCAGACAAAAUGAAAAUCAAAUGUCGUUUCCAGAAGGCCUAUCGGAGGGCUUUGGACCAUGAGGAGGAGGCCCUGUCAUCGGGCAGUGUACAAGAGGCAGAAGCCAUGUUAGAUGAGCCUCAGGAACAAGCGGAGGGCUCCCUGACUGUGUAUAUGAUCUCUGAACACUCCUCACUUCUUCCCCAGGACAUGAUGAGCUACAUUGGGCCCAAGAGGACAGCAGUGGUACGGGGGAUAAUGCACCGGGAGGCCUUUAACAUCAUUGGCCGCCGCAUAGUCCAGGUGGCCCAGGCCAUGUCUUUGACUGAGGACGUGCUUGCUGCUGCUCUGGCUGACCACCUUCCAGAGGACAAGUGGAGCGCUGAGAAGAGGCGGCCUCUCAAGUCCAGCUUGGGCUAUGAGAUCACCUUCAGUUUACUCAACCCAGACCCCAAGUCCCAUGACGUCCACUGGGACAUUGAGGGAGCUGUCCGGCGCUAUGUGCAACCUUUCCUGAAUGCCCUCAGUGCCGCUGGCAACUUCUCUGUGGACUCUCAGAUUCUUUACUAUGCAAUGUUGGGGGUGAACCCCCGCUUUGACUCAGCUUCCUCCAGCUACUAUUUGGACAUGCACAACCUCCCCCAUGUCAUCAACCCAGUGGAGUCCCGGCUGGGAUCCAGUGCUGCCUCCUUGUACCCUGUGCUCAACUUUCUACUCUACGUGCCUGAGCUUGCACACUCACCGCUGUACAUUCAGGACAAGGACGGCGCUCCAGUGGCCACCAAUGCCUUCCACAGUCCUCGCUGGGGUGGCAUUAUGGUAUAUAAUGUCGACUCCAAAACCUAUAAUGCCUCAGUGCUGCCAGUGAGAGUCGAGGUGGACAUGGUGCGAGUGAUGGAGGUGUUCCUGGCACAGUUGCGGUUGCUUUUUGGGAUUGCUCAGCCUCAGGUGCCUCCAAAAUGCCUGCUUUCAGGGCCUAAGAGUGAAGGGCUAAUGACCUGGGAGCUAGACCGGCUGCUCUGGGCUCGGUCAGUGGAGAAUCUGGCCACAGCCACCACCACCCUCACCUCUCUGGCACAGCUUCUGGGCAAGAUCAGCAACAUUGUCAUUAAGGACGAUGUGGCAUCUGAGGUGUACAGGGCUGUAGCUGCAGUCCAGAAGUCGGCAGGAGAGUUGGCCUCUGGGCACCUGGCAUCUGCCUUUGUCGCCAGCCAGGAAGCUGUGACAUCCUCUGAGCGUGCCUUUUUUGACCCGUCACUCCUCCACCUCCUUUAUUUCCCUGAUGACCAGAAAUUUGCCAUCUACAUCCCACUCUUCCUGCCUAUGGCUGUGCCCAUCCUCCUGUCCCUGGUCAAGAUCUUCCUGGAGACCCACAAGUCCUGGAAAAAGCCCGAGAAGACAGACUGAGCAGGGCAGCUCCUCCAUAGGAAGCCUUCCUUUUUGGCCAAGGUGGGCGGUGUUAGAUUGAGAGGCACGUACAUGAGGCCUGCCGGAAUGACUUAAAUAUUUGUCUCCAGUCUCCACUAUUGGCUCUCCAGCAACCAAAGUACAACACUCCAAGAUGGGUUCAUCUUUUCUUCCUUUCCCAUUCCCCUGGCUCAGUCCUCCUCCACCACCAGGGGCCUCAAAAGGCACAUCAUCCGGGUCUCUUUAUCUUGUUUGAUAAGGCUGCUCCCUGUCUCCCUCUGUGGCAUGGACUGUUUGUUCUUUUGCCCCAUUUCUCAACAUAGCACACUCAUGCACUGAGAGGAGGGAGCAUUAUGGGAAAGUCCCUCCCUUCCACUCUUCUCUCUAACCCCUGUGGGUGAGCCCUAGUCCCUGCCGUCAUGAAGGGGUCAGGCAUUGGUCACCUCUGGGACCUUCUCCCUCACUCCCCUCCCUCCUAGCUGGCUUUGUCUGUCAGGUACAGUCUGGUGGAAGUCCAGGAGGCAGCAGCUCAGGACGUGGUGCUGGGUGUGUGUGUGUGUGUGUCAGAGGUUCCAGAAAGUUCCAGAUUUGGAAUCAAAGAGUCCUGAAUUCAAAUCCUUGUUUUUGCACUUAUUGUCUGGAGAGCUUUGGAUAAGCUGUUGAAUCUCUCUGAGCCUCAGUUUUUCAUUCAUUCAAAUGGCACUGAUGAUGUCUCCCUUACAAGGUGUUUGUGAGGAUUAAAUGUGAUCAGCAUGUAAAGUGUCUGGUGUAUAUUAGGCUCUUAAUAAACACUGGCUGAAUAUGAAUUGGAAUGGUA